AUGCUCCCCCUAAUACCACUACUACUACUCCUCCAUCUCCACAUCUCCCCCAUAUCCACCCUCCACCCCAUCCAUCCGUGCUCUCCGAGCCCGUCCAUAACCUUCCGUGGCUCCAAUGACGUCACGAGAGCCGGUGGCCCGGCUCUCAUCGUUUUCGCUCCAUUGCAAUGUGCCAAUUGUUAUAAUUAUUUGAGAAGACUCAACGACUUGGCCGCCUCGAGAUCCUACCGUAUCUCAGUGGUGGCUCCGGAUUUCGAGUCGAAUCAUAUUAUUCAGAGGACUAAAACGGCGUUCCCCAACCUUCAAAUCGACAGAGCUGGUGAAGGAUGGCCACGUCUUGGAGCCAAGAAUUUCGAUGCGAUGGUGCUGGAUGCGUGUUCCCGAGUAACCGACACUUUCCAAUGGCCUCAAUCCGAUGUCACCACAUCGUCAGCUAUUCAGACGGCGUUGGACUCCACCUCCAUCAAAUGUGGGGGCGGAGUUCAAAAGUGUCAGGUGGUGACGUCAUCGGGGAGCCACUCGAAGAAGCGGGUGAACGCGUGGAUUAAGGAACAACAGGAGGCGGCGGAGCAGUUGAGGAGGCGGAGUCAGAAUCCUCAGAAUCCGCAGAAUCCCCAAAACCUACAGUACCACUAUCAGAAUCCUCAGAAUCUCCAGAAUCUCCAUAUCCCAUCAAAUCCACAUCAGCAAGCCUACUAUCCUCAGAAUCAUCAGAAUCAGAAUCCGUCACACCUUCAGAAUUCUCAGAAUCAUCAGAAUCCUCAGAAUCCCCAAAAUCUGAAUUCCAAUUCCUACCAGAACCAUAAUUCCUAUAACAAUGGCUAUCAAAGCUUGUACACCCCGCCGCCACCGCCAGUACCCCCACAAGUUGUGCCAACCGAGAAGGCGACGACGACGACGACUACCGAUCCGUCUAGCGACUAUGACUACUACCCGGAAUCCGAUAGCCUCCCGAUCACAACUCAGUCAACGCAGACCCAAAUCCCUCGUCCACCAUCAUCAUCCCCAUACGGGAACACGUGGCCAACCUACUCCCCAUUCUUCCAGCACCCACAGAACCAAUGGAACGCUCAGUACCCCUAUCAGCAGCAAAAUCCCUAUCAGAAAAGUGGACCGCCGCCACCCAACAUGAUGGACGCAAAUUUACCAUGCAGCGCAUUUACCGAUGAUAUUUGUCAUCAGCAACGCGAGCAAAUGGGAGCUCUCGUGUCGAAAUGUUGCAAUAAGGGAAUCUACCUAACCGAUGUGUGCAUUCCUGGAAAAUGCUCGAAUAGCACAACUCAGCUGUGUUGUUUCCAGAAGUUUUUGCAGGCCAAAUAUUCCUGCUGCAACGACCCGACUCAAGACGAGGGCGCGCCGAAAAUGACGAACAAAUUCAACAAGUGUUGUCAUAACCUCUUCGUGACGGAUGACCCAUGUUGCCCGGAAUCCGCAGCACGGCGCUACUGGUCAACCGCUUAUGAGGUGUGCAUGCCGACAGUGACAGUGGAUUUCUCGCCGGUCAGGUUUGAGGUCCACUUCACCGAAGGCGUACGCGUUCUGGAUCUUUCCGUGGAUCGUCAAUGGGAAUUCAACUGCACCUACGGUGUCAAACAACCGCAAUUCGCGUAUUUGCCCUCCGAUCACAUCGUGGUCGCGGAUUUUAUAAGGGGGCUCUAG